AUGCACAUCAAGGAAAUCACCGUGGAUGGCUUCAAGUCCUAUGCCCAGCGCGUGGUCAUUCCAGGAUUCGAUCCCCAGUUCAACGCCAUCACGGGCCUGAAUGGGAGCGGGAAGAGCAACAUCCUGGACUCCAUUUGCUUCGUUCGGGCCUCCAACCUGACAGACCUGGUGUACAAGCAAGGCCUGGCAGGGGUCACCAAGGCCACAGUGUCAAUCGUGUUUGACAAUGCUGCCAAGGAUCGCAGCCCGGUGGGGUACGACCACCUGGACGAGAUCACGGUGACCCGCCAGCUGGUUAUCGGCGGCCGCAGCAAGUAUCUCAUCAACGGCAGAGUGGCGGAGCCAUCGCGCGUCCAGAACCUGUUCCACUCGGUGCAGCUGAAUGUGAACAACCCGCACUUCCUGAUCAUGCAGGGCCGCAUCACCAAGGUCCUGAACAUGAAGCCGCCCGAGAUCCUGGGGCUGAUCGAGGAGGCGGCGGGGACGAAGAUGUAUGAGGGCAAGAAGCAGGCGGCGCUGCGCACCCUGGACAAGAAGCAGGUGAAGCUGGAGGAGAUCAACCGGGUGCUGACGGAGGACAUCAUGCCCGCGCUGAACAAGCUGAGGGGGGAGAAGGCCGCCUACAUGGAGUGGCAGCACGCCUCCUCCAGCCUGGAGCGCCUGCGCCACUUCUGUGUCGCUCACCGCUAUGUCGAGGCCGAGAGGUGGGCCGGCCGUCCCUUGGGAGGGGGGGCCGACAUCGACGCCCUGAUCGCCGACAUGAAGGAGCUGGAGGCCAAGGGGGCGGCCCUGCAGCAGGCACUCAAGGAUCGCGACGAUGACAUCGCCGGCCUGCAGACCGAGAAGGACCUGCAGAGCUCGGGGGAGAAGCGGGGCCAGGCCGACAUCGACGCCCUGAUCGCCGACAUGAAGGAGCUGGAGGCCAAGGGGGCGGCCCUGCAGCAGGCACUCAAGGAUCGCGACGAUGACAUCGCCGGCCUGCAGACCGAGAAGGACCUGCAGAGCUCGGGGGAGGUCCGGGAGCUGACGGCGGCGUUGGACGCCCUGUCCAAGAGGCUCGUCACGGAGACGUCCACCUGGAAGCAUGCCAAAGAGAGCCUGGCGCAGGAGCAGGGGGAGCUGGCGCGCCUGGAGGCCGCCCUGGCCGACCUGGGGGAGGCGGAGCUGGCCGCCAGGCUGGAGGCCGCGCAGGUGGACGCGGCCGCCGCAGACGCCACGCUGGCAAAUCCCCAAACUUUCUUUCAACUGCGCUCCUUGUAUUCAGAGAUCGCGGCGGCGAAGAAGGCGCGUGUCCUGGUGGAGGAGGAGAUUGCGGAGCUAUCCACGAAGAUGCGCAAGCUCCUGGCACGAAUUGAUGCCGACAAGAAGCGGAUGGGGGAGAGUGGCGACCUGCAGCAGCGGCUGGAGAAGGAGUACCCCUGGAUCCCCUCGGAGCGAGAGCACUUUGGGCGGCCGGGCACCGACUAUGACUUUGCGGCCCGCGACCCGGAGGAGGCGUACGCGGAGUACGAGGCGGCAUGCAAGACCCUGGAGAGCAUGAACAAGCGGGUGAACAAGAAGGUGAUGGCCAUGUUUGACAAGGCGGAGGCCGAGUACGGGGAGCUGAAGCGCAAGCGGGACGUGGUGGAGGGCGACAAGCGCAAGAUCCAGGAAGUCAUGGAGGAGCUGGAUGAGAAGAAGCGGGCGGCGCUGGAGACGACGUGGCACAAGGUCAAUGGCGACUUUGGGGCCAUCUUCAGCACCCUGCUGCCGGGGACGAGCGCCAAGCUGGAGCCGCCCGAGGGCGAGACCUUCCUGCAGGGCUUGGAGGUCCGGGUGGCGUUUGGUGGCGUGUGGAAGGAGUCCCUCAGCGAGCUCUCGGGUGGGCAGAAGUCCCUGCUGGCCCUCUCCCUCAUCCUGGCCAUGCUCCUCUUCAAGCCCGCCCCCAUCUACAUCCUGGACGAGGUGGAUGCCGCGCUGGACCUGAGCCACACCCAGAACAUCGGGCGCAUGAUCAAGACCCACUUCCCUCAGUCCCAGUUCAUUGUCGUGUCGCUGAAGGAGGGCAUGUUCAACAACGCCAACGUCCUCUUCCGCACCAAGUUUGUGGACGGCGUGUCCAACGUCUCCCGCACCGUGAACAAGCCCACGGAGGCCAGGCGCGUGGAGGACAGGGCGGCCAGCCAGCGGGCCCCACUCAGGGAAAACAUGCGUGUCUGA